AAAAAAUGAAGAUAUGUAACUCUUCCCAAACCGUCAUAUUUGUGGCUAUAGCUCUUUUCCUAGCUUUUGCAGUUCCUCUGCAAGCCCAAGACCGGAAACAAGACUACCUCGAUGUACACAACCGAGCUCGUGCCAAAGUUGGUGUGCGUCCAAUAAAAUGGCAUGCGGGUGUGGCGGAAUACGCACGACAAUAUGCUCUGAGAAGGCGAGGGGACUGUCGUCUCAUUCACUCAGGCGGGCGUUACGGCGAAAACUUGGCAAAGAGCAGUGGUGCUCUGUCCGGAGCUGCCGCAGUGAGACUGUGGGUCAACGAGAAGUCUGACUACUUCUACAACUCGAACACGUGUCGCUCUGGAAAAGCAUGUGGUCACUAUACUCAAGUUGUGUGGAGAAACUCGGAGUGGGUUGGGUGUGCCAAAGUCAGGUGUAACAAUGGUGGAACCUUCGUCAUUUGCAGCUAUCAUCGUCCUGGUAAUGUUAGGGGCCGUAAGCCUUAUUAAGUACGCAGACGACGAAUAAAUCUUGUCCAUAGAGGACGCGUGUGUGUGUGUGUGUUUCUAUAAUUUCAAUAAAAUGAUCAUCAUCUAUCAGGAUAUGGUGAUUCCUUUGUGUGUUUAUGGUUAUGUAAU